CGGUCUGUCUGUCCGUUUGUCUGCCUGCCUCUCGGGGCCGCGGCGGAGCCCCUCGCGGGUGGGAACUUUACCCCGGUGCCAAGACUUUGGGCUCUGGACGGAGCCCCGGAGGAACGGCCCUCCGGCGAGCGCAGCGGCAGACUGCCGGGCCGCCCGGGGCUCUGGCGGACGGCUGGCAGGGGGACGUACAGGCCUCGAAGCAGCACGCCAGCGGGACCCGCACCUCUGAUGAAAGCGAGCGUGGUCCUUUCUGUUAGAGUCGGGUUGGGACGGUGAACACAGCCCGGUGACGGAUUUGACACUUGUGUCUGUGUUACUACUGGGGGCGGGACGUGAUUCUCUCGUGAGGGCAAGCCGGCUUGGUUAUUCUUGCAGUCUGCAGCAUCCGUCUUCGUUUUCAUCUUCCUUCAGGCGUGAUAGAACUAGGAUGGCUGGAGUUUUAGAAUGGGGAAUAGUCAGCCUACUUCUGUGGGAUUGUCUAAUGAUGCUGUUGUGAAUCAAAUACAGGAGAUUAUUUCAGACAACUGUGUGGUGAUUUUCUCCAAAACAACAUGCAUCUACUGCAAAAUGGCAAAAAAAGUUUUUGAGGGUAUGAAUGUAAAUUAUACAGCUGUAGAACUGGACAUGAAUACAAAUGGAAGUCAGUUUCAAGACAUUCUUGAACAGAUGACUGGUGGCAGAACAGUCCCCAGAGUGUUUGUCAAUGGGUCUUUUGUUGGAGGUGCUACAGAUAUUCAGAGGCUUCAUGAGGAAGGCAAACUGCUUCCAUUAGUUCAUCAAUGCCAAAAAAAUCCUGGACUGCCAUCUACUUAGCUUAGUCUUCCUUUCUAUAAGCAGGAUGCCAGACAAGUUAGACGACUGCAGAGAUACACUGCAUCAGCUGGACUCAAGAACUCUGAAACACAGAUCUAUGAAUCCUAGAUCAGUCUCAGUUACAGACUUUACGGACUUGGCAAAUUACUUGGUGUCCUUUCCUCAGCUUUACCACAAUGGUGAUAAAAAACAUAAUGUAAUUCUUGGGGGUUGUAAGUGUGAGAUAGUGAUGUGAUGCUGUUACAUGCUCAUAGUAUGCUUUAGGGAAGUAUAGACUGGAGAAGAACAAUC